AUGGCACUCGAUCUUGCCGACAAUGACAAGUAUGAAGUCCAAGAGAUUAUCGGCCGUGGCGCGUUUGGGAUCAUCCGCAAAGUCCGACGGAAACGAGACGGUCAUAUCCUCUGCCGCAAAGAGAUCAAUUACCUGAAAAUGUCACAGAAGGAACGAGAUCAACUGCAUGCCGAAUUCUCCAUUCUUUCGUCCCUCAAGCAUCCUAAUAUUGUCGGCUAUUUUCAUCGCGAACAUCUCAAACACACCCAAGAGCUGUACCUGUAUAUGGAAUACUGUGGUGGCGGGGAUCUCGGCUGUGUCAUCAAAGAGCUCAAGCGAAAGAAUGAAUAUGCAAAGGAAGAGUUCAUCUGGAGAAUAUUCAGUCAGCUGAUAACCGCGUUGUAUCGCUGCCACUAUGGGGUUGACCCGCCUGAACCUGGCAGCGACUUGUCUCGACAGAAGGAAACUCGGCCUCCGCACAAAUGCAACAUGAUACUGCACCGAGACCUCAAACCCGAGAACAUAUUCCUGGGCGAGGACCAGUCUGUCAAGUUGGGCGACUUUGGCUUGUCCAAAUUGAUGCAAUCUCACGACUUUGCCUCCACCUAUGUUGGCACCCCAUUCUACAUGUCUCCUGAGAUCUGCGCUGCGGAAAAAUACACUUUGUACUCCGAUAUAUGGUCGCUAGGGUGCAUCAUGUACGAACUCUGCACCAAGGAACCGCCGUUCAAUGCAAAUUCACAUCUGCAGCUGGUGCAGCGCAUCAGGAAGGGAGAAUUCAAGCCAAUACCGAGUGUAUACUCGAAAGAUCUGGCAAAUAUCAUUGCGAGCUGCCUGAAGACCAACCCUAUGCAUCGUCCUGACACGAUCUCGCUCUUAAGGGUUCCUUACGUCUGGAUUGCCAGACGGCAGCAGGAAAUGGUCACCAUUGGCAAAGCUCUCAAGACCCGGGAGGAAACUGCCGAAUACAAAUUGAAACAGGCGGAGGAAAGACUGUCGGCACUCGAAGCUGACCGCGCUGCCAUGAGAGUUGAGAUAGAUGCUCAACUCCGUCGCGAAUGGGAGGUGAAGGCACGACUGGAGAUCGACCGACAAGUCCAAAUGGAAUUGGACAAUCUGCGCAAGAAGUUUGAACACGAGGUUGAUGAACGUGUUGCACGCCUAUUGUCGAAGCAAACCCACAACGCGAAUACGAGAGCGCUCAAAGAGAUUCCAAACCCUCCUAGUUCGAGUUACAACAAGGAAAAUCUUGAUCCUCAUUCUUCAGUCAACACGGCAGGGGAAGAAGAUUUUCCUUCCACCACCGACAUUACCGAUUUAUCUGACCUUUCGCUCAACUCUCCAGUGAGUUCGACAAGAAAGGGUGUCCCAGCAAAGAAGGCGAGAACGCCAUUUGCUCGUUCCAAAACUACCAUCGACUCACCGAUGGACAUUCACAUGUCAGAACCCUCUCCCAUGUCUAUCUCAUCUCUGGCGUUAUCACCACGCAGAAAUGCCGCAGCACAGGCUACGGCCAACCCCACAGUGACGGCAGCCAGCGCAAAGAAUAUUUUCGCUGAAGCAGCACGUCAGAAGGCUCGAUGGGAGCCACAACGUGCAUCCUCGUCCGACUACAGUGACAACGACGAGCUUGCCGAAGACUCAGAUGACGACGGAUUCCCAGCACUCCCUAGUCCCACUCGACGAAAGCCAAAUGUCCUCAGCACUGAUCCUUUCAAACAUGCUGCACCAUUACCCUUGAAGAAUAGACCCAGCUUGAUGAGGCAGAACACCACAGCAACAAUGCAAAAUUUGACCGCAAAGCCAACCUUGUUCCCCUCUAGCGCUACUGCUGCACAAGUGAGGGCUGGAUUCACAUCGGCAAACCUUAACAACGGCACCAAUCGCCUGCCCCGAAUCCUUACUGAGAGUGACUCCAAACCCACAACAGUCAAGCCUGUAAGCCCCAGUAGACGGCUUAGCAAGAUUCCAAGUCGCAAUGAUCUAAGAGACCAUAUCGUUUCAGACAAUGGAAGCACUAGCCCCUUGAGGCGUGUUGCAACCACUGGUGGCGGACUCCAUGGCAAACUGGCAGCGAGCAAAGAGGCUGUCGCUGGCAAUGGGGUAGGGGGCCGGACAUUGGUAGAGCUGGCUCAAGCUCGGGCUGGUGGUCGCCCAAUGAAUGCCGACCUUUGCAGCAAUCUCACUGCGAAAGCAAAGACAGUCACAGACCCGCGAGAGAGGGAAAAGGACCUCCCUCCGGUCCCUGUUUGGGAUCCUGACGUCCUGGGGGACGACUUACCAAGUCCAUUCUUAAAACGAGACAUUAGGACAGUCCGAGGAAUGCGAUGA